AUGCUGCUAUCCAUCUUUGAAGAGCGCAUGUUGCUUUUCCCAGGAACGGGAGGUUUCUCAGUUGUGUCUUCUGCACCCCUUUUGCGCAUGGUAUGCGACGGUGCGACGACGCAGCAGAUACUCCUCUUCCUGCUCCCACCCAGCACGCUCUUCCUCCACUGGAUGCCUCUCCCAGAUGGCACGUAUCGCGUCCAAGCAUCCCCCUUUCCCUGCUUGCAUGUGACCGUCGCCAUGCGCAGCCAUGAGCCAGCCUCCCCGGCGUCAGCCCGCGAGGAUGGUUUUGGUCACAUGUGUUUUUUUUCGCAGGGAGCCGGGACUCAUGAGCUGACAACUCGCACCCCUACCUGUGCGACACCUCGAUCUUUCGGGGUGGAAUUUCCUGGGGCGGGGCUGUGA